CGUUUCUCUGCUUCGAUCUGUUUACCUUGCGCAUUCGGUCGAGCGCAAAAUUUCAAUCGUUUCGUGAUCGAACCGCCCAAAUUUUUUCACUCUGAAUACUUGAAAAUGAAUUCAGAGGAAAUCUGUAAAAUUUGCCAAACGGCGCCGUCCAAGUACUGCUGUCCUCGCUGUAAUGUUCUCUACUGCUCACUGGCCUGUUACAAAUCCAGCCAACAUCUGCAGUGUUCCGAGAGUUUCUACAAGGAAAAUGUGAUCCAGGAGAUGACCAUGGUCCGGGACGAGCAGCAGGCCCAGCAGUCGUCCAAUAAAAUGCUGGAAAUUCUAAGUAAUUUAGAGCAGAAUGAUUUGUCCAUCGACGAAGGUACGGAAGCCGGCUAUGAAGAGGACGAGCACGAGGACCGAUUUGAGGAGAUUGAUUCGGAUGACGCGGAGGACGUGCCAGAUUUGAGCGAGAGGCUUGGGAAGGUAAAUUUGGACGAUCCUGAUGCCGUGUGGGAGCGGUUGACGGAGGAAGAGCGCAAGGACUUUCAAAAUUUGCUUGAAAACGGGGAUGUUGGAAGAAUUUUGCCGGAGGUGGAUCCAUGGUGGAAUGGGGAAUUUAAAGUUGAGCUUGUUCAGGCCGCUGAGAGUAAGGUUUUAUCAAAGGGUGAAUCGCAUCUGCUCGAAACGUGUCCUUCGGUGAAACGAGUCAUCCGGAGCUUCUCGGAACUGUCCAGCAAACCACCUUCGCCAUUGAUGAGGUACAACGUGACCAACAUUCUGGCCGCGUAUGCUUUCGUGUUUCGUUAUUUUAACGGAGAUUUUACUGGGAAUGCUCCCGAGGUGGUGAACACGUUGAUAUCCAUCGCUGGCAACUUUAAGCAGAAUUCCAACUACGAUUCGCAGUCGUUGGCCGUGGAAUCGGUUUGUCACGAGUGUCGCCAGGAGCGGCUGCCUGCGGACAAGGAAACGAGUCGGUUGCUCACGCAAGACGUUGAAAAGCUACUCACAGGGCCGGAACAGUGCGGACAAAAGUACCGGAAGCACUUCCUGCUGGCGGCCCUUUCCGAUGUGCACAGGUUGAUUGUCCUCACAAAGGGCUACGAUGGCGAAAAGGCCAAAGCGUCAAGGGACUCGGAUGGUGGAGAGUUCAGUAGUAAGUUUAACGAUGACGUUGGUGAACUUAAAUACCUAGACCCAGUUAAGGUUCGAGGCUAUUUAAAGAAGAUUGAAUUUAUGCUCUCGUACGCCAAAGAUCACAUUUGAGCCAAAUAAGAAAUAAAGUUGGUAUUACGUUAA